GGUGUCCACAACUCUACGCGCUAUAAAUCUCCCUCCCAAAAUUAUCUCAGUUCUCACACCUUCGCGCUCUCUGUAAACCCUAACCCUAGCCUUUUCGAUCUCAAUCGAGGAAGAAAAUGAGAGAAAUCCUCCACAUACAGGGCGGCCAAUGCGGGAACCAGAUCGGAGCUAAGUUCUGGGAGGUGAUCUGUGACGAGCACGGCAUCGAUCACACUGGAAAGUACAGCGGCGACUCAGAUCUCCAGCUCGAGCGCAUCAAUGUCUAUUACAAUGAAGCAAGCGGUGGACGUUACGUUCCGAGAGCGGUGCUCAUGGAUCUUGAGCCGGGGACUAUGGAUUCGGUCAGAUCUGGGCCUUUUGGUCAGAUCUUUAGGCCUGAUAACUUUGUCUUUGGGCAGAGUGGAGCUGGGAAUAAUUGGGCCAAGGGGCAUUAUACUGAGGGAGCUGAGUUGAUCGAUUCGGUUCUUGACGUUGUGAGGAAGGAAGCCGAGAAUUGUGAUUGCUUGCAAGGAUUCCAAGUAUGCCAUUCUUUGGGAGGAGGUACCGGAUCUGGCAUGGGAACUCUUCUCAUCUCGAAGAUCAGAGAGGAGUACCCUGAUCGCAUGAUGUUGACAUUCUCUGUGUUCCCAUCACCAAAGGUCUCUGACACUGUUGUCGAGCCAUACAAUGCUACACUCUCUGUACAUCAGCUUGUUGAAAAUGCAGAUGAAUGCAUGGUCCUAGAUAACGAAGCACUGUAUGAUAUUUGCUUCCGCACGCUGAAGCUUGCAACUCCGACAUUUGGCGACCUCAAUCACCUAAUCUCUGCAACCAUGAGCGGUGUCACCUGCUGUCUCCGGUUCCCUGGUCAACUCAACUCCGACCUCCGGAAACUAGCUGUCAACUUAAUCCCAUUCCCGCGUCUCCACUUCUUCAUGGUAGGGUUUGCCCCCUUGACUUCAAGGGGUUCCCAACAAUACCGUGCGCUCACCGUGCCUGAGCUCACACAGCAAAUGUGGGACUCCAAAAACAUGAUGUGCGCUGCUGACCCAAGGCAUGGACGCUACCUCACUGCCUCUGCAAUGUUCCGUGGAAAAAUGAGCACCAAAGAAGUCGAUGAGCAGAUGAUAAAUGUCCAAAACAAGAACUCUUCCUACUUUGUUGAAUGGAUUCCUAACAAUGUAAAGUCCAGCGUGUGUGAUAUCCCACCCAAGGGCUUGAAAAUGGCAUCCACAUUCAUUGGAAAUUCGACGUCUAUUCAAGAAAUGUUCAGGAGGGUGAGUGAACAGUUCACAGCUAUGUUCAGGAGGAAGGCUUUCUUGCAUUGGUACACUGGUGAAGGAAUGGAUGAGAUGGAGUUUACUGAAGCCGAGAGUAAUAUGAAUGAUUUGGUGGCUGAGUAUCAGCAGUAUCAGGAUGCUACAGCUGAUGACGAGGAGUAUGAAGAUGAAGAAGAAGAAGAGGAAGUUGGUGCAUAAGGUAAAUUUUAGCUUUGGCUUGGGAUGGUUUGGCGUUUUCUUUACAUCAAAGGCGCUUAUUUGUUUGUAAUCUAUGUAUGAUGUGUAUCAAUGUGAAGAUUGUUGUGCCUGUGAGUGAGCCUAGAUGUUGUGGUUUCGGUAUGUGGUGGUUGUUUUCUUUUGUGUGUUGUGAAAAUAUUAGUGAUUUAAUUCCAUUUACGUGGUUUUUUCGUGUUUUGU